AUGCUAUACCUAAUCCUUGCCGUAUUCCUUCCCCAUCUGGUCACUUCUUCAUGUAAUGUUUUAUAUCAAUUGGAUGACAUGUCUUACUGUAAAAUUGGACAACCAUUUGAUGCAUACAGAUACUAUGGAUGUUCAUGUUCUGGAUAUGCACCUGAUAAACCGAUUGAUGGAAUUGAUAAAUGCUGUCAAGUCCACAAUGAAUGCUAUAACAAUUUGAUCUCCACCAAAAAGUGUCAAAAUUCAAACACCCCAUUUUUCUGUCUCUACAAAUGGGAAUGUGUAUAUCAGGAGCCGGCAUGCAAUAACGAGAACAAAUGUCUCCAAUCGGUAUGCAAAUGUGAUGAGGAGUUCAUCAACUGUCUCGCCAAAUACCCCUACCCAACAUUCACCAGAAAGUGCCAGUAUUAUGAUGGAGAUCCAGUUUUGAAGACAUUGACGACUGCUAAAGAUACAGUAACCAAAAACUAG